CAAUUCCCUUAGACUGUAAGGAUCUUCGUAAUGAUGGUAACUUUAUUUCCGGUGUGUACGACAUUUACCCGUAUCGCACCAUAACCAUUCCUGUCACCGUGUAUUGUGAUAUGACGACAAUGGGCGGGGGAUGGACGGCAAUUCAAAAAAGAGUUGAUGGAUCCGUGGAUUUCCAAAGGCUCUGGAAAGAUUAUAAAGAUGGUUUUGGUGCCCCUGAACAAGAAUACUGGAUUGGAAAUGACGUGAUCCAUCAGUUAACAAAAGACAAGAACUCAUCCCUCUAUGCUGCCAUAACAAUCCAUUCUGGUGCAACACUUUAUGAAACGUACAACGGAUUCUCUGUCUCCAAUGAAACAGAGAAAUAUCAACUCUUUCUUGCAGGACCUGCCACGGGAACCUUAGGUAACUGCAAGAUGUUGUAUGUAAAGUCAAUGUUACAAAACUUUGUACUAAUAUUCUGUAAACCUUUCCGAUUCCAUGUUAAUUAA